AUGACUCUUCAGCAACUGGUGAAUCAGGCAGCUGCCCUGCACUCUGACAGAAAAGCCAUUUGGUUUGAUGAGUGCAACGGCAAAACUCCAUCUUUCUACACGUACACGACGAUGGUUAACCUUGCCAUGGAGUUAACAGCUUUUCUUCAAAAGCACUGUGAUCAACAAAGAAAAUGUGAAAUAGGCCUUUACUGCUAUCCGGGAAUAAACUUACCCUCCUGGAUCUUGGGAAUCCUUCAAGUUCCAGCUGCCUAUUCUCCUGUUGAUCCAGAUGCACCGCCAAUGUUAUCCACUUACUUUAUGACGAAAAGCAAUCUUCAGUAUGUUCUUGUUGAGAAUGACAAAAUAAAUAAAUUCCAGAUGUCCCACGCUGGUUUUUACCACAGUACUGCCGCAAUAGAACAUAUUGGCUUAACACUUUUCCAAAUGAACUCAAGCAGCACUGAUUUAAAUUCACAAAUAGACAAUGGGAAAAGUAAAUAUGAACCUUUCAAAGCUCCGGGUAACUCACAGCCAGGACAUACUGUUUGCCCAAAUCAAACCGAAGUGAAAACAUCAGAACAAAGACACAUGGAUGUUGGCCAGAAAGACUCUUUAGCGUACGUCUUGCAUACAUCAGGGACUACAGGGGUCCCCAAAAUAGUCAGAGUGCCUCAUAAAUGUAUAGUGCCAAAUAUUCACCAUCUUAAGUCCAUAUUUGAGGUCACGCAGGAUGAUGUGCUCUUCCUGGCUUCUCCUCUAACGUUUGACCCAUCCGUGGUUGAACUGUUUGUUGCUCUCACAAGUGGAGCCUCUAUUCUUGUUGUACCAAACACGAUUAAAAUGAUGCCUCUGGAGCUCUCUGCUGCUCUCUUCCACCGUCACCAGGUGACAGUGCUGCAGGCAACACCAACACUUCUCAGGAGGUUUGGAGCUCACAUUAUUAAAUCAACAGUGUUGUCUGCAAAUACUUCACUUCGUGUCUUAGCUCUUGGUGGUGAAACGUUUCCUGUACUGAGUCUCUUGAAAAGUUGGAAGCACAAGGAGAACAAAACAAGUAUUUUUAAUCUGUAUGGUAUUACUGAAGUGUCCAGCUGGGCCACUUGCUACAAGAUUCCUGAAGAGGUUUUUAGUGCUGAUUUCAGAGCUGAUUUUCCUAUACCUUUGGGAUCACCGCUACUUGGAACAAAAGUUGAGGUCAGAGAUACCAACAGUGCUGCAGUUCUAGAAGGCGAGGGACAAAUAUUUAUAGGUGGUGAAGAACGAAUCUGCUUUCUGGAUGAUGAAAUGACUGUACCCCUGGGCACAAUGAGAGAAACAGGGGAUUUUGUAAGAGUGCAGAAUGCAGAGUUGUUCUUCUUGGGCCGGAAAGACAAUCAGAUUAAACGUCAUGGCAAACGUUUUAAUAUUGAGUGUUUGCAGCAGGCUGCUGAAGAUCUUUGUCAGGUAGAAGCUUGUGCAGUGACCUGGUAUCAGCAGAAAAAACUUAUUCUGUUUGUCGCACCCAAAGAUGAUUUAGAAGAGAGAGAAAUGCUUAAAGAGCUCCAGAAACAUUUACCAGUUUAUGCAGUCCCUGAUGACCUUGUACUGAUUAAAGCUUUGCCUUUAACGUCACACGGCAAAGUUGAUAUAUCUGAACUGAACAAGAUUUACCAGAACCAUCUAGACUCCAGAAGGCGUGACAGUAAACUGAGUGGCGCAGAGGAAUUGUGGGAAACAUUGCAGUAUUUAUGGAAGUCUGUCCUGGGUCUCCUAGGUGAUUCCACUGGAAUUUCUAAAGAUGCAGUAUUUCUAUACAGUGGUGGAGACUCCUUAAAGGCUCUACGAUUUCAUGAUGAAAUUGAGAUGCUAGUAGGCAAAGCUGUGCCUGGGCUCCUUGAAGUUAUUCUCAGCCGCUCGAUUGAAGAGGUUUAUAGACAUAUUCUUAAAAACGCAUUUCCAAAUGAAGACCAAAUAAUGAAUUAUGACAGUGUUGUGAAAAGAAAAUUAAGCGGGAACAGUGGAGAGGAAUUCCAUGGAAAACACAUUAAACUGAAAUCUGGAAGAAAUCUUGAGGUUGCUUCGGGGUUAAUCUCAUUUAUUGCGCUAAGCAGAGGAAAUAAUUUUCUUUCUAUGAAUUUCACCAAGUCUUUUUUGCAACCCAGUAACUCAGUACAGGUGGGAGUGGAACUGCUACAGCAGCCGUCAUUUCUGCAUUUAGUGACUCCAGGUAUCAUUAAAAGUCAUACGCAAGGGUAUGAAGUGGAGAAUGGACUUUUAACAGUUACUGACAAGGCAAAAAACCCCAACUCUGGCUCUGUGCAGCAAAUCUGUGCAGAAUGUAGUCAUGUAAUGACGGUAGAGUUGGCGUUACGCGUAAGAUGGAAAGCAAAUACAAGAAAAUGUGUGGAUGCAUCACCACUGGUUAUAAUAGUGUCUAAAAAAGAAGUAUCUGCAUCUGUAUACAUCGGCUCUCACUCUCAUGCAAUGCAGGCAAUUGAUCUAGAUUUGGGAGAAGUAAAAUGGGAGAAGAACCUUGGAGAUCGUAUUGAAUCUUCUGCCUGCAUAUCUAAGUGUGGAAAUUUCAUUGUUGUUGGUUGUUAUGAUGGCUUAGUGUAUGUGCUUCAAAGCAGUGAUGGAGAAAUACACUGGACUUUCAUCACAGAAGACACUGUGAAAAGUUCUGCAGUUGUAGAUCCUUCCAGUGGACUAGUCUACAUAGGAUCACAUGACCAACAUGUGUACACUUUGGAUAUUUAUAAAAAGGCAUGUGUAUGGAAGUUACAUUGUGAAGGUGGAGCUGUAUUUUCAUCUCCCUGUCUAAGUUCUUCUCCGCAUCAUCUUUAUGUUGCUACACUAGGAGGACUGUUAUUGGCUAUAAACCCAGUGACGGGCAGCAAGAUUUGGAAAAGCUUCCUGGGAAAACCACUCUUCUCCUCUCCUCACUGCAAUGAGAAGUACGUCUGUGUUGGGUGUGUGGAUGGAAACUUAUACUGUUACUCUCAUUCUGGAGAAAAGGUUUGGCAGUUUUCCACCAAGGGACCAGUGUUUUCAUCUCCAUGCAUCUCAAGUUUAACUAAGCAAGAAGUAUUUUUUGGCUCCCAUGAUUGCUUUAUCUACUGUUGUAACAUGGAGGGUAAUUUACUGUGGAAAUUUGAAGCCACUUCAAGUGUAUAUGGAACACCAUUUGUUUUCCAAAGUGAGCACUUAAAGAACAAAAUUCUUCUGGCAGCAGCGUCUACAGAUGGCAAAGUGUGGAUCCUGAAUGCCAAGAGUGGAGCAGCAGAAGCGGUAGUUAAGCUUCCAGGAGAGGUUUUCUCUUCUCCUGUAGUAUGGGGAACAAAGCUUGUUGUUGGCUGUAGAAAUGAUUAUGUUUAUUGCCUAGAUUUGUAUAUAACAGCAAAAAAGGACAGCUAA